AUGAAGACCGCUGUUGCCGUACUGUUGAUAGGUACUACCACUGUCGCAUCUGCGGCUUGCGUUGGGGCGCCGACCCCAGCAAAAUUGGCUGCCGCCGCGUCUAUCUCUGACCGACCAACAUUCUUCAACAAUACAUGUACGGCUGACAACCUCACUAUCCGAAAAGAAUGGCGCAACUUGGCCGCAGAGGAGAAGUCAGCUUAUCUCGAAGCCCAAAACUGCCUAAUUGGACUUCCGGCGGGGACAUCGUUAACCGGUGUCACCAACCGUUUCAGUGACCUCCAGGCGCUGCACCGCGAUAAAACCAACACAACAAUCAACGGAGUCUAUGUUGGCGACAUUAUUCACAGUGUUGGACAAUUCCUUCCCUGGCACCGAUAUUAUAUCCACGUACACGAGACCAUGUUGCGGAACGAGUGCAACUACACGGGCCCCAUCCCCUGGUGGGAUGAGGCACUUGACUCGGACACUGGCAACGCAUUCCGCUCCGAGAUGUGGAACUCCGAUGCAUUUGGUGGUAACGGCACUGGCUCAGAUCUCUGCGUCGUCGAUGGUGCAUUCGCAAACUACACCGAGCACAUUGGCCCCGGCUUAACGGACACGGAUUACUGCCUUGACCGAGCAUGGGACAACGCCUGGGCCAUUCGGACCACCGACUCCGCUGCCGUCCGAAACUGCUCCCGCCAUGAUGACUAUGAGAACUUCUGGCGCUGCUCCGUCGAUGCGGCCAGCUCUCAUAAGGGUAUGCAUACCGCUGUAGGAGGUCUCAUGGGCGAUAAGGACACUUCUCCCGGCGAUCCGAUCUUUUUCCUUCACCACUAUUACAUCGACCGUCUGUGGUGGCAGUGGCAGACAGCCAACCCUGACUCUCGCAUGUACGAUAUUUCCGGCACGACCUUCAACCAAACGUACCUUACUGAGACCGGAAAGGAUGCACCGGCUGCUACAGAGGCGACCCUGGACUAUGUACUCAACGUCGCUGACAUCUUGGACGACGUUGUCAUUGAGGAUGUCAUGAACGCUCAGAACGGUCUGCUGUGUUAUGAGUAUGAUUACUAG